AUGGACUUUAUUACGCACCUGCCCGACAGCUACGGCUACAACGCGAUCCUGGUAGUUAUCGACCGCCUGACCAAGAUGAAGCACUUCAUCCACUGUAAGGGAACCUGCGAUUCUGAAGAAGUCGCCCGCCUAUAUGUUAAGUAUGUCUGGAAACUGCACAGCCUGCCCAGAACCAUCGUAUCCGACCGAGGACCCCAGUUCGUAUCCGAUUUCUGGAAGCAUCUGACCAAACGCCUGAGAAUCACCGCACUGCUGUCGACCGCCUACCACCCCGAGACCGAUGGGCAGACCGAGAUUGCCAAUUCCUUCCUGGAACAGUACCUGCGGGGCCACGUAUCAUACCUUCAAGACGACUGGGUAUGCUGGCUACCGUUAGCCGAAUUCGUGAUCAACAACGCACUGAACGAGAGCCUGAAAACCACGCCCUUUUUCGCGAAUUAUGGAUAUCACCCCCGUUUCGGAUUCGAACCUGCCCUACCCAGAUGCCGUGUUGCCGCCAAGGAUGCCGAGGGGGUCGCCCUGAAGAUGGCCACUGUACACAAGUACCUGAAGUCUGAGAUCUGCAUCGCCCAAACCCGCCACGAGGAGUAUGCCAACCGGAAACGCCGACCUGCCCGCAGAUUCUACGUCGGUCAGAAGGUCUGGCUAGACGUAAGGAACAUCAAGACUGCCCGCCCCCAAAAGAAGCUGGACUGGAAGAACCUGGGCCCGUGGGAAAUAACUAAGGUUGUUAGCCCGUACGCCUACCGCCUGGAGCUGCCUGCGUCCAUAAGAAUACAUCCUGUCUUUUAUAUAAAUCUGUUGCGACCUAAUUCCGCCGACCCGCAGCCUGGACAACAACAAGAACCGCCACCCCCCGUCGAAGUAAACGGCCUGCAAGAAUGGACUGUAGAAGAGAUACUUGAUUCCCGCUGGGAUCGCCAAGGACGUGGAGAAAGGCCUAACCUGAAGUAUACUGUUAAGUGGGAAGGAUAUAACGAGCCCACGGAGUCCCCUGCUGCCUGGCUCGAGAAUGCACAGAAGGUUGUUAAUAACUUCCAUCGCCAGUACCCGAACAAGCCCGGACCUGGACCUCUGUUAUAA